AAGCGUCGGCUCUCCGUCAACGGAAGUGGCUGUUGGAGGCUCUAAGGUAGCUUUAAAUUCCUCCUGUCUCGGGAGCUCGCUCUUUACAGUUGGAGUCGCGUUUCGUGCCACGGAUGGCGGUGGACGUGAAGUCGCGAGCAAAGCGUUAUGAAAAACUGGACUUCCUCGGGGAGGGACAGUUUGCCACGGUUUACAAGGCCAGAGACAAGAACACCAACCAAAUUGUCGCCAUUAAGAAAUGUUUGUUUUUUUUUCCCCCUCUACCAGAUUAAACUUGGACAUAGAUCAGAAGCUAAAGAUGGUAUAAAUAGAACAGCCUUAAGAGAGAUAAAAUUAUUACAGGAGCUAAGUCAUCCAAAUAUAAUUGGUCUCCUUGAUGCGUUUGGACAUAAAUCUAAUAUUAGCCUUGUCUUUGAUUUUAUGGAAACUGAUCUGGAGGUGAUAAUAAAGGAUAAUAGUCUAGUGCUGACACCAUCACACAUCAAAGCCUACAUGUUGAUGACUCUUCAAGGGUUAGAAUAUUUACAUCAACAUUGGAUUCUACAUCGGGAUCUAAAACCAAAUAACUUGUUGCUGGAUGAAAAUGGAGUUCUAAAACUGGCAGAUUUUGGCCUGGCCAAAUCAUUUGGGAGCCCCAAUAGAGCAUAUACACAUCAGGUUGUAACCAGGUGGUAUCGGGCCCCCGAGUUACUAUUUGGAGCUAGAAUGUAUGGUGUAGGUGUGGACAUGUGGGCUGUCGGCUGUAUAUUGGCAGAGUUGCUUCUAAGGGUUCCUUUUUUGCCAGGAGAUUCAGAUCUUGAUCAACUAACAAGAAUAUUUGAAACUUUGGGCACACCAACUGAGGAACAGUGGCCUGACAUGUGUAGUCUUCCAGAUUUCGUGACAUUUAAGAGUUUUCCUGGAAUCCCGUUACAACACAUCUUCAUUGCAGCAGGAGACGACUUGUUAGAUCUCAUACAAGGCUUAUUUUUAUUUAACCCAUGUACUCGAAUUACAGCCACACAGGCAUUGAAAACUAAGUAUUUCAGUAAUCGGCCAGGGCCAACACCUGGAUGUCAGCUGCCAAGACCAAACUGUCCACUGGAAACUUUAAAGGAACAGUCAAAUCCAGCUGUAGCAACAAAACGGAAGCGAACACAGGCCUUGGAACAAGUGGGGGAAGUUUUACAACAUGGAUUACAAAAGAUUCAGCCAGAUAAAAGCUGUGCCACCAUGUAGGCAUGGAGUCACCCCUGGACUCCCAACCAUUUUGGAGUUGUAAUAUUCUAUCACAAUGUGAUUCUGAAUUUUGUUCUUUCCUUAAUAAAUGGCAUAAUUGAUUUUGGGUUAUGAUAAAUUAUGAUUCAUUUUUUGAGGGGCACCUGGCUGGCUCAGUCAAUGGAGUAUGCAACGCUUGAUUGCAGGGUUAGGAGUUCAAGCCCCACAUUGGGUAUAAAAGUUACUUUUUAAAAAGAUUAAUUUUUAGAGGGAGGAUUUCAUGACAUUCCUAAAAUAACCAGAAGCAUACAUGUUCUGCCUGGAAUACUCCUUCCCCAGAUAAGUACCAGGCUUGGGCAUCAGUUCACUCCAGUGUUCAAAAGCCACCUCCUUAGAGAGGUGACCCUGGCCUGACCCUUGCCUGAAAUAGCAUGCCCCGACCCCUCCAGAUACUCACUAUGCCUGCACUUAACUACUGGGAGAUUUAUUUUUUCUCUCCUCUACUAGAAUGUGAACUGUCACAUGGAGACUAUUUUGUUCACUAAUGUUGUUCCCAGAGCUUAGAACUGCCCCUGGCACCUAACAGGUGCCAAAUAAAUACUUGAAUAAGAAAAAAAUACUUGAAUAAGAAAAAAAAAAAAAAAGAUAACGCACACCACUAAAUCACACACCCACAAAAGCAAGGUAGGUAAUCACUGAUAUCACUAACAUAUCUGUAUUAAUGCAGAAUAACUACUGUAGUUCACAAUUUGUGCAAUACUUGGAAAUGAAAACAUGAGUUACUUUUGUACUAUCACCUAUCCCAAGAGGUGAAUAAAGAUGAAUUCUCAAAAUCCA